UGACGACGACAUGACACAUUGAAGUACAGUCAAUGACAAGAAUUACUCUCUUUUCUCUCAUUGACGCAUUCGUUAAGAAAAGAAGAGUGUGUAAAAGAGAGAGAGAGAGAAAGAGAGUGAGAUUCGUCAUUCAACCAUUUGCUCUCUUAUAAUAGUGAGUGCCGAGAAAUAUGUGUGUGAGCUUGAAAAGCGCAACACCUGUUGAUUAUUUUUCAAAAUAAAUAUUACAAGAAAAGCAUGACCCAUUUGUUGAAAAAUCUCACAAAUAGUAUUUGGCAUGCAUUUCAUGCUUUGCAAGCCGAAGAUGCUUUUGUUGUCGCUAAAUCCAAAUUAAAGGUUUUAACCGCAAAUAUUGGAACAUUAAUGGAUCUCUAUGGAAUCGAAAAGGGUUUGGAGCAUUAUCGUAGCACGCAAACAUUGACAUUCGAACAAUACAUUUACUAUCUGCAAAAAGAGGUUUUCUCCUCUCUCACUGAAACAACGCCAAUUCAAACAUGUCGAUCAUUGGAAGAAGGAAUCGACGAAAUUUGCUGGCUCGUUUGUCGAAAAAUUUAUCUAAAUCGAACCCAUCCCAUUUUUCAAGAUCACAGCGUUUAUCAAUUAUUUCGAAUAUUUUGCCUCCUAGCGGAAAUGGAAGCCGACGUUACGGACUCUUCCUAUUUGGUAACAGCGAAUAGCGACGAAGUGGCGCGAAUUGCAUCACAAUUUGUCACUUCAUUGGGUUUAAAUUGGGAUCCCUUGGAUUUUUCAGCAUUAGCCGCGGCAAUUGGAAAUUUUCGAUUUCCAACUUUCCUGGCAGUAUUGGAAUCAAAAUAUUCCGGUGGUGGAACUGUUGAUCCAGCAGCUUUAACGGAAGCAAUCGACGACAUGUAUCAAACAUAUGUCGAGGAUGUGCUCAAAAAAGGUUACUUGAUGAAGAAAGGAUUUUUACUGCCUACAUAUCGUUAUUUUUGGUUUGUACUACGACCCGGGGAAUUGACGUACUACAAGGAUUCGCAGCAUAAAGAACCGUCGGGUGUAAUUCCAUUGGACUUAAAUUCGUGGGCGGAUGCAGCAAGUAAUGGGGGCAAACCCGAUCGACGAUUUAUUCUCAGCACUCCCGAACAUCGUGGAAUUGAGCUUGGCGCCGAGGAUCAUCGUGGACGUUUACAAUGGUUGGCAGCAAUUCAAAUUGCCAUUCAACAUUCAACGGAAAAAAUUGGCUAUCAACGAACACUCGCUUAUCAACGACGAUCGUGUCGUCAGGCUACAAGACAGGAGAGGGACGAAACAAAAAUGGAAUUACAGCACGAGCGACAGGCGCGAAUUGCCGCUGAAAUACAGGCACGAAAAUUGGAAGCACUUUCAAAAGAGGAGAACGCAAAAGUUCAAGAAUUGGAGGAUGUUAAACGAAAAUUGGAAAUUUUAUUACAAGAGGAAACGCAGGCUUUGCGAGACGAAGAAAUAGUUAGAGGAUUACAAGCACGUGUUCUUCGCGAGGAAUGGGAACGACGCGAAGAAUUGGAACGACUGCAAAAAGAACAGCAAGAUCUGUUGGAGUUGGAAAAAAAGAAACGCCUCGAAUUUGAGCGUCAACAAGAAGAAAAUGAAAUGCAACUUCAAGACGCGGAGCAUCGUCUUCAACAAUUGGAAGCAGAAAAGAAGAAUCUCGACGCUGAAUUAAAAUCGGCACGCGAAAAAGUGAGACGCGCCGAGGAGGCGCAAAUUUUACUUGAAGCCGAAAUAGUGACAGUUCGACCGACAAAGGGACGCGAGCGAAUAAGACGUACACAAAGUUUCAUUCCAACGACUAAAGAAAAGCCAUUAUUAUUACUUGAGGAACGCUCAAUGACACUUCGCAAACAUUGCUAAAAACAAUUAUAUUAUUCGAAUCAAUUAAUUUUUAUGCUCGCUGGUCGUGCUUCAAAAAAAAAAAAAAUUAAUGCUCAAAGAAUUGACGAUGUUUUUCACAAAUUUUGUUGAAAAAUUAAGAACCUUGUAGAUUUUAAUUUUUUAAUUCUAUCCCUAGACUUAGAAAUGAUAAGUUUUCGCAUAUGGU